AUGACAUCACUAAUAAGCAUUACACUUGAUGAAUUAUUGAUUAAUGAAGAUAUUAAUGAUGAUUAUACAUGUUGUGUAUGUGAAUGUUUAUUAAUUGAAGCUUUACAAUGUAGAAAUGGUCAUGUUGCAUGUAAAAAUUGUUUUAUAAAAAUUGUAAAAUCAAAAAAAGAGUGUAUGACAUGUCGUUGUGAAAUUAAAUCAAUUGAAUCAUUAAGUAAGAAUAGAUAUUUAGAGAAAGAGAUUAGAAAAUUAAAUAUAAAUUGUCCAAAUUCAUUUUUAAAAAGAGAAUUAAAUUUAAAUAAUAAUAAUAAAAAUGGCAAUGGUAAUGAAGGAUCAAGUGCAAAUGAAAUUGAACAACCUCAACAACCUCAACAACAACAACCUCAAGAAUUAAUAAAAGAUAUAAAUAAUGGUUGUAAAGAAAUUUUAACAAUUGAUCAAUUAGAUAGUCAUUUAAAGCAAUGUGAAUAUAGAUUUUUAAAAUGUACAAAUCUUUAUGCAAAUGAUUUAUGUAGUGAGUUGGAUAUAUGUGGUUAUGACUAUAGAUAUAAUCAAAGUGAAAAACAUAGAGAUGAAUGCCCUUAUGGUAUUAUAGGUUGUACAUUAUGUGGUAAAGAUUGCUCAAGAGUUGAUAUUGAAUCACAUACUGAAAAUCAUUGUCCAAAGUUAUUGGUUAAAUGUCCAACUUGUAAUCAAGAUCAAUUAAUUGCAAGAUGCGACUUAGAUGACCAUUUAAGUGUUGAUUGUGCAAUGAUUGAAAUUGAUUGUAUCUUAAAAGAAAGUGGUUGUAAAGAAAGAGUCAAACGUAACCAAUUGGCAAAUCAUCUAUCAAGCGACAACCAUUUACUAUUCAUAAAUAAUCAAUUCAAUCAACAAAAUGAUAUAAUCAAUCAAUUGAAAUUGGAAUUAAGUCAUUGUAAUGAUUUAAAUGAAAUAUUAACAGCUAAAUUAGAUAGAUAUAAUAAUGAUAAUACCAUGUUUCGUGGUAAAUGGGUAAUUUCAAAUUGGACUGAUAAAUUAAACCAAUAUCCACCAAAGAAAUAUUUAUCACUAGAUUUUAAUCUCUCUCAAAAUAAACCUUUCUCAAUUAGAGUCUACCCAAAUGGUUCAUCUGUAAUGUGGCAUAAUUGUACAAUUAGUUUAGUAAAACUUUAUCAAACUGAAUCAACAAUUAAAUUCUCUUUUGAAAUUGAAAAUGAAGAUCCUUUAAAAAAUGAUUUACAAACAAAAACUGAUAUAUUUAAAGGUUUAAAUGAUUCUUGGUCUUUACAAUUUUUUAAAGUAUGUGAUCAAGCCAAUAACAAUGGUUUUAUCAUAAACGAUACAUUAACAAUUAACUUUUCUAUAAAAAUUAAAAAAUGUUUUGAAAACAUUUUCAUAACAGAAUAA